GUUAUUUGGACAGAAGGCGACCGCAGAAGGCAGACGCGAGUUUUGAGAUUUUUGAUAAUUAAUGAAAUGCACCAUCUGAUUCAUUCGUCUUUGCAUGUCACUAUGCGUUGAAGCACCGCUGCCUUGUUAACGCAUAAUUGGUUUACCAAGGUGGACGAUGUAUGAACAAGAGGUUCAAUAUCUGAUUCGCGUUUACUUUAAUAAUAAUAGUCUAUGGAAUAGGGAAUUUGUAGUGCCUUUUGGGUCCUGCCAAACAUCCAAACAACAAUAAUAAUAAUCGAGUUUGUGAACAUGAGCGGCUUUGAAAAACAAGCCAUUGCCAUGGCGCGAAACAGACUUGAGAGCCUGAAAAGAAGAGGACUUUUGGACGAUGAACCUCCUUACCCGCGUCCAUCCCGACCACCUCGCCGUGGGUAUGGUGUACCAGCGCGACGCGGUUCUGGUGUACCAUCACACGGCUAUCAUGAUCCAUAUAAUCGAGUAAGAGAGCUUGAGCCGUAUGCUAGAGAAUAUGAUUACGAAUAUGAACCACCUCCGAAAAGAGCUUUACUUCAUCGUGAUCAUCCUCAUUUGGAACCAGAGUGGAGUGAAUAUGCUCCUGUUCAAGUGGGAUAUGGCCGGGGUGGACGAGGGGUUGGUUACUUUGGUCGGGGUGCUGAACGAAGUCGAGUAGCCACUGGACGAGGAGGUGAUCGUGGACGUGGAGGUGAUCGUGGACGAGGAGGUGAUCGUGGACGUGGGUUCACUUUGCAUGGUCGAGGGGGACCAGAUCGUGGCAGAGGAUCUGCAGGGAGAGGAAGUGCAUUGGUUCAUGAAAGCCAUCGUGGUCAUGGAUAUACGAGUCGGGGAAAGGUAGAUAUAAAUAGAGGCCGAGGACAAAACAAUACAAGAGGCAUUCCAAGGGGAGGUAACUCAAGUGCAAAACCUACACCAGACACCAACAAAAAUAAGAGUGACUCUGUUGAUAAGAAAAGUUCUGUGUCCACUUCUGUAAAUAGAGAGUCAACUAACAACAAAGAUUUAACUGUCAAAGAUGAACCAGGGCAAACAAAUGUCAAACAAGCUCCUGGUGCCAAAGACACGUCAUCAACAGCAUCUAUAAAGGAAUCCCCAAGUAAAACAGCAUCAGCAUCUACCAAGACUACACCUGCCGAAGAAUCUACAAGUAAGAUACCACCAAGUGACCUUGGACGUGGUUUGGCAGCAUGUCUGGGUAGUUCAAGUGAACAGUCCAAUCAACCCAGCACAGGUCAACCUACAGACCUUCCGUCUUGUAAACAGCAGACCCAAGAGCUUGACAAAGUUGAGGAAUGUGUUCCAGCUGGAAAGACUACAUCUACAGCAGCAGAAACUCCAUCCCCAGUAUCUACAGCAACUAAACCUCCAGCAACAUCUACAGCAACUAUGUCUACAGCACCAGUUUCUGCAGCAACCACGUCCCCUGCAACAACAUCUACAGCAACUAAAUCUACAGCAACAGCAACAUCUUCAUCCCAGAUCUCCAAGCCAGGCCCGUCGCCUUCAUUGGUUGGAAAGGGAAGUCGCCAAGAGUCCCGCUAUUGUGAACCUUGUAAUGCUUUCUUCGCCAAUGAAGCGCAAUACAGGGCUCAUACUCGGGGAGUCAUCCAUGCCCGGCUUAUGCACACCAACGAUGUGCUGGAAACCUUCAAGCAGACAGCUGAACAAGCCCUUCAAAAUGAUUCUCACAGGAGUUCUGGGCCAAAUGUGAAACCAGCAACAGCAACAGCAACACAAUCUAAAGCAGCAACAGCAACACAAUCUAAAGCAGCAACAAAAGGGUCCUUGUCAAUAAAGGAUCCCAGCUUGGCAGCAAAGGAACCCCAGUCUGCAACAAAACAACAGUCAUCCCCAAAAGAAACACUGUCACCAACAAAACAACAACCACCAUUAAAACAACCCCAAUCAGCAGAAAAACAACAGCCACUGGCAAAACAACCUCAGUCAACAACAAAACAACAACAGUCACCAGCAACACAACCCCAGUCAACAACAAAACCACAGCCAUCAGCAAAACAACCUGUGUCAACAGAAACACAACAGUCACUGGCAAACCAACCUCAGUCGACAACAAAACAACAGCCCCAGUCAGGAUCCACACCGCCCCAGAAAGCUGCAGCAGCAGCAGCAACAUCCAUGCCACCAGCUUCUGCAGUUGGAGAGGGUGUCAAUGAUGAUGAAACAUUCUGUGUCACAUGCAAAAUAUCCUUUCAGGAUAAAGGGCAAUACAUACGCCACACCAAGGGCUUGAUGCACACACAGAAGCAGAUUGAGUUCGAAAAAAGCCGGGGAAGCACCAAGUAUGAUGACGCACCAGCUGAAGACACAAACAAGCCGUUUGCCUUUGGACAAGGGGGCAGGGGGUAUUCGGCAGCUGCAAAGGGGGUGUCAGCUGAUCAGGGACAAGGCAGGGGGAGUAGUGAUCAAGGCUGGGGGUCAGUGAACCAAGGAGAUGCAGAGAACAGAGGAGCGACAGGGAACCGAGGGGGGUCAGGGAACAGAGGAGGGUCAGGGAACAGAGUGGGGUCAGGGAUCAGAGGGGGUUCAGGGAUCAGAGGGGGGUCAGGUAACAGAGGGGGAUCAGGGAACAGAGGGGGGUUAGGGCACAGUGGAGAGUCGGGAUAUCUUAGCGGUUCAGUCUAUGGAACCGGGGGGUCAGGUAGUGGAGAAAGACCAAACUAUGGAGAAGAGUCAGUUUAUGGUCGGGGGGCAGACUACAGAGGUGGGUCAGACUAUGAGGGGGGGUCAAAGUAUGAAGGAGAAUCAGGUAAUGGUAGAGGGUCUGGCUCCAGAGGAGGGUCAGGAAGAAGAGGUGGGGUUACAGAAUAUGGUCAAGGGUCAGGAUUUGGUCGAGGGUCAGGAUUUGGUCGAGGGUCCGGAUAUGGUCGAGGGUCAGCAUUUGGUCGAGGGUCCGGAUAUGGAGUGUCACAGUAUGGGGGAGGUGCAAGAACUGAGGACUCUGCUGAGAUCUCAGGCUGCCAGGAUAGGAAUCAAGAAGAGGAACCGAUGAUCAUGGAACAUGACAGCCCUCAGCAGCAGGAUGCUUCGAGGUCGGCGAGGUACCUGAAGGAGGCUGGCAUCACAGACAAGAUGCUGGAGGAGGCCAACAUGACCUUUCCCAAGGUCAACCCUUCAGACAGAGAACUCCGCCCCGAUGAUGUUGGCAAAUGUCAGUUUCCAUCCGAGUUCACUUGCAAGCUGUGUGAUGCCAGAUGCACAUCGGCCGUCACCUUCCAGUCCCAUCUGUCUGGAUCAAAACACAAAAACAAUGUUGAAGCUGCUAAAAAAGGAACUAAGAUCAUCCUGAAAAGCAGGAAGAAAAUCCGUCCAAGCAUGAUAUCUUUGAAUCGAACAUCCAAGAUCGAGAAACUGUUUGAGUCAGUUACAGACUGUACUGUACUAGGACUGGAGUACCUGACAGAGUUCCAGAAGCUGGAUCCCAAAGCCGUCACAAUGUGUGUGUGCAACCUGUGUGAGGCCAAGUGUGACGAGAACACGGUGGUCUCCCACAUCAUUGGCCUCAAGCACAAGCUCAAGUACAUGAGAGAGAAGCACCCCGUAACCUACGAGCACUUCCGGAAGUUUGCGGGGAAGAAGUCUCAGCAAUCAGCAUUUGCAGAGGAGCUGGCCCGGGGUCUUGAGGCACAGGAUGGGAGGGGAGAGGUCAUCAUGAAGGUCGACCUGGAGCAGUAUGACUACGAGGAUGAAGAAGAAGCUGAACCUUCACAACACCCUCCUCAGCAUCCCCCCUUUUCUGAAGGUCAUUCAGAUCAAGGCCUAGGUUACACAGACAAAUCUUCAAGACCUGGAUAUGGAGGUCCAUCAAAACAUGAUGUGCGUCCAGCACAAGACACAGGAGUGUCAGAACAGCUGAAGAUGAGACUGAGGCAUCAGGUUAACAUCACUGCCAGGAGGUUUGGGGGAGAUGCAGAAGAUAGAGCACGGAAGAUGUUCUCUGGAGGAGCUGCAGAAGAGGCACAAGGAUGGGAAGGGACUGACAGCAGCUACCAAGAAAAGUCCAGACAGUAUGACCCUGACCCAUAUUCAACUGAUCCAUACUAUCAGUAUCAACGUAGUUAUGCACCAGAUGAUGACCCAAGCUGCUAUCAAGAAACUGACGACCAAGGUCAUGAUCACGAGACUGAUGACCAAGGUCAUUACGCACAGACUGACAGUCAAGGUCAUUAUCAACAGCUUGAUGACCAAGGUAACUACGCUCAAACAAACAAACAUCGGUACCAUCCACAGAGAGAGGAAUAUGGGCACUAUCCUCAAGAGGACCAAGGAAACUACCCCCGUUAUGAUGACAAAGGUAGCUAUCAUCGAACAGACAAACAACAGCACCAUCCACAGACAGAGGAACAUGGGCACCAUCCACGGAGAGAGGAACAUGAGCAAUAUCCAAGGAGAGAGGAACAAGGGCGCCAUCCACGGACAGUGGAACAAGGGCGCUAUCCACGGACAGUGGAACAUGGGCACCAUCCACGGACAGAGGAACAUGGGCACCAUCCACGGACAGAGGAACAGGGGCACUUCCCACUGAGAGAGGAACAUGGGCACCAUCCACGGACUGAGAAACAGGAGCACUAUCCAUGGACAGAGGAACAGGGAUGCAAUCCACGGACAGUGGAAUAUGGGCACCAUCCACGGACAGAGGAACAUGGGCACCAUCCAUGGACAGAGGAACAGGGGCACUAUCCACUGAGAGGGGAACAAGGGCGCCAUCCACAGACUGAGAAACAGGGGCACUAUCCACAGACAGAGGAACAGGGGCACCAUCCACGGACAGUGGAAUAUGGGCACCAUCCACAGACAGACAAACAGGGGGACUAUCAACGGGGAGAGGAACAGGGGCACUAUCCACAAACAGAGGUACAGGGGCACUAUCCACGAACAGAGGAACAGGGGCACUAUCCACAAACAGAGGAACAUGGGCACCGUCCACGGAGAGAGGAACAUGGGUACCAUCCACGAACAGAGGAACAUGGGCACCAUCCCUGGAGAGAGGAACAUGGGCACCAUCCACGGAGAGAGGAACAUGGACACCAUCCACGAACAGAGGAACAUGAGCACUAUCCACGGAGAGAGGAACAGGGGCGCCAUCCACAAACAGAGGAACAUGGGCACCAUCCACAGACAGAGGAACAUGAGCACUAUCCACGGAGAGAGGAACAGGGGCACUAUCCACUAUCCAGGGAUAAGCUUCAGAGAGCAAUUCCAAAGGCUGAGGAGAAGCUGAUGAGGAUGGAUCAGCCACAGUCUGCUGCUGAUGUCACCCAGGCAGCUCCAGGGAUGGGUGACGCUACAGCAGCAGUUGGUGGUCAGAUUGGAGAAAUGCUGCAAACUCUGUCCAGCUCAAUGAUCUCCACAGAAGAUGAGGCUGCUGUGGCACUCCAGGUGUCCAACGCCUUGACCCAGGCUCUGCUGUCCUUCCGCCUCCGUAGCAACGCCGGAGAGGUCAGUGAGAUGAUCAAGUCUGUCCAGAAAUUGACCCCCCAGGGACAGAUGCAAGUCAGCUCUCCUGGCUCGGCAUCAUCAUCACACAGCCCCAGUGCCAUCAAUAUUACACAAAGGUCUGCUUCUUUCAAACUAGGCAAGCGACCAGCAGUCAGCACAAACUCACCACACAGUGACCUUCAAGAUGUUCCAGCACCAAAUCAGAACCUGUUUCAAGGUGUUCCACCACCAAACCAGAACAUACUUCAAGGUGUUCCACCUUUAAAUCAGAAUCUGUUUCAAGGUGUUCCACCACAAGACCAGAACAUAUUUCAAGGUGUUCCACCUCCAAAUCAGAACAUGUUUCAAGGUGUACCAUCACCAGACCAGAACAUAUUUCAAGGUGUUCCACUUCCAAAUCAGAACAUAUUUCAAGGUGUACCAUCACCAGACCAGAACAUAUUUCAAGGUGUUCCACCUCCAAACCAGAACAUAUUUCAAGGUGUACCAUCACCAGACCAGAACUUAUUUCGAGGUGUUCCACCGCCUGAACAGAACGUAUCCCAUGGUGUAUCCCAAAGUAGCCCCUUGGCAGCUGCAUCUUUUCUUCCUGCUCCCUCAAAGACGAACACCUCUGGAAUGUUCAAUCUGACUUCGGACAGCACCCCCAAAGAUUCCACACAAUUCAUGGAUUACAGUUCGGCCCCUGCCACCCACGCUAGUGCUCUGUACCCUCAGGCUAGUGCCCUGUACCCCCAGGGGUCUGUAAUGUCUUACCCCAGCCAUGCCCCUCGGGGCACUGGGCAGCCAGAUUACAACUCAGGGAACACAUUUUACAACUUUCAACCCCCUCUUCCAAAUUACGAACCUCCGAAACCGCCACCACCCCCUCCUAUGUGAGAUGAGUGACUUCCCUGAUCCUACGAUGAGGAAGUCCAGCGAUUAUCCAUCAAAGUGAGAUAGGCAGGAUGUGGAGAAAACUAUUGUGAAGGGGAUGUCUAAGGAAGUUAGGCCUUGGUUUACAGGUGCGCCGGCCACAAUACUGGGAAUACGGAGGUGAAAUAUAAAUAAUUAUUUUGUUAUUCAUAAAAUCAUUUUUUGAAAAAUAUUUUUGUCACCACCACCGUGAAAUAUGUUUAUAUGAAAUUAAUAAAUGAUGGAAUCUUGCAACAUGGUAACAAGAUGAGUUUCCCAUCAGAACUUCCUCACUUCUGCAGUGAUGACAAUGCAAUGUUGGCAGUGAGGGUAGUAACUCAACCACCUCCGGGUACCUUGCACUGUCAUGUCAUAAUUGGGGCUGUAGGGUAGCCUAGUGGUUAAAGCCAUCGUCACAUUAAUGGCCCAGGUUCGAUUCCCCACAUGGGCACAAUGUAUGAAGCCCAUUUCUGGUGUCCCCCACUGCUAUAUUGCCUGAUUAUUGCUAAAAGCUGCGUAAAAACUUACUCAUGUCAUAAUUAUUAUAUUUUUCUCUUUUCUAUUUCUACCAAACUGAUUAUUUUUGGGGGGGAAUCUGUAAACCAAACUGAAAAAACGGCCUUAGGAUAGUUGAGUACCCUGAUGAUAAAAGGUUAUGCUGAACAUGUUACUGAAUAUUUAUCAUGAUGAUGACAUGAGAUUGUGUCAUCUUUAAUUUGGAGGAGUGGAUAGUGCAUGUUCAUCAGUUAUGGCAUGAGAGGGCCAUCGGCCAUCAGUUAUGGCAUGAGAGGGCCAUCAGUUAUGGCAUGAGAGGGCCAUCAGUUAUGGCAUGAGAGGGCCUGCAUCAUGUCGGAAUGUUUGCUCCAUCUGUAUAUAACGCAAUAACGCAUGGAUGAUAACAAGGAUGUGUGAAAUUGAAUGGAGGAUAAUUUUGAUGUGGUAAUUGUGGAAUGAUGUCAGUUUCAAUAUUCUAUAUUGUACAAAUUAACUGUUGUAGCAGGGCUCCAGGUACCAUUUUAGCCCAUGUGUAUUUGCUCACGUGUUAUACAUUGAGUAUUGAUAGUUUUCUUUGAAUAGUUGAAAAGGAUACAUUUUACAAUGGGUAAGUACACAGUGUUAUACUGUUGUUGUUUUUUAAGAGUUCUAAGCAAACUACUUAAAAUGAAAACCUGUGAAGAUCCAGGUUAGAAUAGGUCUUCAGCAACCCGCCCUUAAGUAAAAAGACAACUAUGCUUGUCACAACGUGACUAAGGGGAUCGUGUGGUCAGACUUGCUGACUAGGUUGAUGCAUGUCAUCAAUCCCAAUUGCGUAGAUUGAUCCUCAUAAUGUCAAUUACUGGAUUGUCUGGUCCAGACUCCAGACUUAUUUACAGACCACCAUCAUAUAGCUCUGUGUGGAGUGUAACAACAGACAAAACUUAAAAUGAAUAGGGUAGUUGUGAUACAUUUUGAUUCUUUUACGCAAAUAUGUAGCUUACCUGGAUCUCUGUUGUAUUUAAGUUUCAGUGCAUGAACUAGUCAUUUGUCUGUCAGUCGGUAUGGAGUGUCAAAGGUACAGAUGUUACAAGGUGUUGGCCCUGUCAGAAUAAACCAGCCUUGUGUAUCAAUACUUGAUGCUUCAGUCAAUAUAUGUAUUCCUAUAUUUAAUUUGGGUCAUUUUUUCAUGUAAUUCUCGAUGUUCCAUGUCGCUGGCGGACAAAGGUUGUUGCUGGUUGUCUCAUUCACACAACUGGUUAAUUUUGUCUGUGUCAUUCAAUCACAUUUGGCCUGGUCAUAGUUGUAUUUCAUUUGUUUUAGGCCUUGUCAUUGCUGGCUGACAUUGUGUAUCUUAUCAUUAAAAGCAGCAUCAUCCCGUGAAGAUCUGGGAUAGAAUUUUCUAAAGGUCUUCAGCAACCCAUGCUUAACUUGCCGUAAAAGGCGACAACUAACGGGAUCGGUUGGUCAGGCUCACUGACUUUGUCAUUGAAUGUCAUCGCAUCCUAAUUGCAUGGAUCGAUGUUCAUGAUGUUUUUAAUCACUGGAUUGUCUGGUCCAGACUUGAUUAUUUACAGAUAGCCGUCAUGCAGCUGGAAUAUUCCUAGGUGCGGCGUUAAACACCAAAUAAACAAACAUUAGUUGGGUAAAAGAACACACUAUCAUACAUUUUUUAAAGCUAUAUUUUAUUUUUGUGCAACAUAGUUGCUAUUCCACUGGACAGUCAUAGCACUGAGAUUGGUGUGUGGAUCAAGUUCGUCAACAGAACAGUCUUGGCGCUGUGACUGUUCAGUCAGGUUUAUGGAGGUGUAAAUAUUUGUGUAAAACUGUUGUUGACAGUGUAUUACGUGAUAGGUACAAAAUGAUUCUAUUGUUUUCUCAUUGUGUAUAUAAAUGGCAAAAAAUAAAAAGCUUAAACAUC